UCGAUCGUUUACUUCCAAAAACCAUCAUGUUGUAUUGCUCCGAAUGCUGCUUUCAGACCGACGUGGUGUUCGACCACUCCACGGGCGACGCCGUUUGCAACAGCUGUGGCUUAGUGCUGGAGUCCCACUGCAUCGACGAGACCACCGAGUGGAGAACAUUUGACGACAGUAACCACGACCCUAACCGUGUUGGUGCAGCCACCAACCCUCUGUUGUCCGGUGGCGGACUCUCCACCGUCAUGGCCAAGCCCAAUGGAGAGGUCCUCCGUGGUCUGAAUAACGAUCCAGACCGGGGCUUGAUAAUGGCCUUCAAAACCAUCGAGACCAUGUCUGAUAGGUUAGGCCUUGUUCCAACCAUCAAGAAUCGGGCAAAUGAGAUGUACAAGAUUCUUGAAGAUCGAAAGUGGAGCAAGGGGAGAAACCUAGAUGCAUUAUUGGCUGCUUGCUUAUACAUUGCUUGUACACAAGAAGAGAAGCCCAGAACUCUCAAGGAGAUCUUCUCCGUCGCAAAUGGAGCCUCAAAGAAAGAGAUCGGCAAAGCGAAGGAGCACAUAAUGAAGCAACUCAAGUUAUCAGAGAUGACACAACAGGAAAAGCAUACUGGGGACUAUAUGAGGCGAUUCUGCUCCGCUCUUGGCUUGAACAAUCAAGCGAUCAAAGCAGCUCAAGAAGCUUUACACAAGUCACAAGAAUUUGAUAUAAGAAGGAGCCCAGUAUCGAUAGCCGCAGCUGUGAUUUACAUCCUCAGUCAGCUAUCAGAUGACAGUAACAAGAAGCCUCUUAAAGAUAUCGCUGCCGUUACAGGAGUAGCACCAGCAACUAUCAAAGGUUCAUACAAAGACCUUAGUCCUCAUGCAUCUGAAAUAAUACCAAACUGGUAUAGAAUAUAUUUGUCGGGCUGA